AUGUGGCCAUUUGGAUCCAGUAAUACUAUUCCUAAUCUCGGGAAAAAUACCGAAGAAAUUAAUAAGGAACUUCCCCCUGAUCUUCAAGGGUUUUUCCAACAAGAAAACCCUGACAAAAAACAUGAACGUAUCUUCACCGUCUCUCCUCAACAAUUACAAGUUAAUAAAAUACUAGAAAAACAUAAGAAUGAUCCAUAUGAUGAUGAGUUUAAUACAUAUAAACGUUCACAGACAAUUAAGCAAGUUGCAGGUAUAAAUUGUGCCGAGAUUCAUAAUUUAUUACAUGAAUGUUAUAAGAAUUGGAAUUGGCUUCAACCUGAUGCAUGUAUUGAUGAGACGAGAAAGACUUCAAAAUGUCUUGAUUUACAACUGGAAGCAUUGAAACGAUUACAUUAUAAUGAUUGUUAUUCUGUUAAACAAUGUAAAGCCAUUAGAUAUUAUGUUGAUCAUUUUUUUAUGAAGAAUUUUGGUCCGUUAGGUGAAGAAGUUAAUGAUGAUGAUAAAGCGGAAAAUUAUAAUAAAGAUUUAGAUGGGGUUUUUUAUAAACUUUGGAAAUAG